AUGGCCUGGUCAGUCAAUGACGAAGCCGUUAGUUUUCACACAAGGAAACUUGGUCGCUUUCUGAUAGAGCACAACAACUGUAAAAGAUACUUCGGACCGACGUCCCUAGAGUCAAUACUGCUCGACACAAAGGAUGUACUCAUGGAGGGUGUUGAGCUUGAGCCGCACAGCCUGAGGGAAUGCGUUGUGCAAGCAGAGCGCAAGAUCGACCUACUAGUUGGCCAAAGAGAAGAACUCAUCAAAGAUAGAUCACCUCCUACAAUGCCUCCAUUCGCUAUUUUAGACGCGAUGAUUGAACCAUAUUUUACUACAAUCAAUCAUAAUUUCCCUAUUUGGACAAAGGAAAGGUUCAAUCAAUUGGCCAUCGCCAUGCGGCAAUCUGAAUCUUCUGAAAAGGACCUGGCUUCUAUCAUUUGCUGUAAUAAUCUCAUUCUCAUGGCUCUGUCGGCAAACUCACUAUGUUCUCACAGGGUAAAGUCACCUCAAAUUAAGCAGGCACAGAAGAUCUCUUCUAUCGACUUCGAUGUUAUUGAGGGUUUCCUGACCAACGCAAAGCGCGCACUCAACAACCUUGACCAAGUCGUCUCACCUCGCGUCAUCAACGUACAAGCACUUCUAUCCUUAUUCUUGGUGGCCCAAGAGUUUCUCUCUGUAGGUAUCUGCGAGACCCUAUUUACUUUAGCCGUCCGAUGCGCGAAGUCUAUUGGCGUCCAUCAAUGGCAUUCUCUUCAAGGUCAAAUUAGUGAUGAGGACAUCAAAGAAAGACGAAACAUUUCCUACUGCCUAUACGUGCUUGACAAGACCAUUUGCUGGACUGCCGGCUCAUCUCCAAAUAUUCCAAUCUCAGAAGUCCAGCUCGAUUCAUCCUUAAUGGCAUUUGGAGACAGUAUUGCAUCGCAUCUUGCAGCUAAGGCCGAGCUGGCUAAGAUUGAGGAGACAAUCUACUUAGAGGUAUAUGCAAGUCAAGUCCAGGUGAAAACUGCAGAACAAGUUCGUCGAAUUGCGACAACAAUUUUGUCGAGACUUCAAGCCUGGCUAACUGACGUGGAAAUCAAUCUGGAUGAGAUACAAAAAGACCUAGAAAUCUCUGCCCCCAAGGUUGAAUUGGCAAUCCGCUUUCUUUGUACACAGCCGUUCCUCAUUUGGCCUUACAAGUGCCAUCCAGACGCGACAACAUUUCAGCGGAGCCCGGAGAUUGCGAAAAUAUGUAUGAAGCUUUUGCUACGUCUCUGGCAUUCACUUCCAGAUCAAGGAAACCACGCAUUUUUCCCUCUCUUUCUCGCCUCUCUUCCGCCACUAUACCUAUACGAGUUAUUAUCAUACAUCCUUUGUGGCCGUGGGCGUAAUUCGGACAUAGAUAUGCUCAAGGAUUUUGUGGAGAUGCUUCAAACCAAUUGUCGAAGAAAUGUGUCAUAUAAUAGACAACUCUACCAAAUGUCACGUAUUGUCAUAGACGUGAUAACCACCCAAAAUACUCAACCCCAGAAUAAACGACAGAAAUCAGCGUUGGAGACGCCAACAAGUGGGCAACUGCGUCAAUCCGACCACGCUUCACUUUAUGACUCGACAUCAGACCUGUUCUCGCUACCCAUAACCGGUUUGGGACACUUACAUUCAGAUGUUCGAGAAGCCGAGGCUCAAGGGUUCGGUAGUGCUGUAUUUCAAGAUCCAGUCAAUUCAUUUGUCUUUAUGGGUGCAUCCACUUCCGCGAACGACGACGUAACUUGA